AUGUCUAGAAGGUACACUGCUGAGGAGGCUUAUGAUAUACUAGCAGCCGACUCAGACGCUACAGACACUGCCUCUGAGAGUGGUGAUGAGACUGUGCCAGAUACUGCAGGGCCCUCUGUUGUAAGCGCCAAGUCCCUUGACCUGGCUCAUGACGCUGGUGACUGGGAACCCCUAAAUGAUUUCACGCCUGACAACCCACUGUUUACUGGCAGUCCUGGAAUUCAGUUGGAUGUCACUAACUACAGUGCACUGGAUUUCAUGCAGCAAUUCUUUGGGGAUGAUAUUUUAGGGGAUAUAGUCACCAAGACCAACCUUUAUGCUGUGCAGUACCUGACACUUGAUGAUCAGAGUCUCAUCGCCAGGCAAGGGAGUUGGUACCCCACCAGUGUGCCAGAAUUAAAAAAAUUUGGGACACUAACAAUGCUAAUGGGCAUUAUUAAAAAAAAAAAAAAAAACAGCAUCAGGAUGUACUGGUCCAAAAAUUCUGUAUGCAGCACCCCUAUUUACUCCCAGACCAUGAACAGGUCCAGAUAUGAAGCAAUGCUUCGCUUUUUACACAAUUCAAAGUGCCCCCCAAGAGAUAAUCCUCAAUACGAUAAUCUCUAUAAGAUUCGCCCACUUAUUUCCCACUUCAACAGACAGUUUGGCUCAAUGUACACCCCACAAAAAAAUAUUUGUGUAGAUGAGUCUUUAAUGAACUAUAAGGGCAGACUGGGGUUUAAACAAUAUAUCCCGGUCAAAAGAUCCCGGUAUGGGAUAAAGUUGUAUAAACUUUGUGAAAGUGCCAGUGGUUAUGUUUACACCUUCCGUGUUUACGAAGGUAAAGACAGCCACUUGGAUCCCCCAGGUUGCCCGGAUAUCAUUGGGAUGAGUGGAGAAAUCGUAUGGGAUCUAAUUAACCCAUUGCUAAAUAAGGGGUAUCAUUUAUUUAUCGACAAUUACUAUAAUAGCAUCCCUCUUCUUAGGAUACUUUAUUGCUUUGAAACGGUGGCCUGCGGCACUAUCCGAAAGACACGUGUCGGUUUCCCAAAAGCCCUCGCACAAAAAAAGCUCAAGAGGGGGGAAACAACUGCUCUCUGCCAGGACGAACUGCAGGCUCUCAAAUUCAAAGAUAAGAAGGAGGUGUUCAUGCUAACAUCUAUGCAUACUGAGCGCACUCGAAGAGUCACAGUUUGUGGCAGACAAGAAAUUAGACGGGUGCCAGUUUGCAUUAGGCGGUAUAACAAGCACAUGGGGGGAGUUGACCUGUCCGACCAACUGCUGCAAUCCUAUUUAAUACUGAGGAAGACCAGGGCAUGGUACAAAAGCUUGGCAUUUACCUUAUGCAAAUGA